AUGGCUGCGCCCACUGAAACGAAAACGACAGUUGUAAAAGCUAAUGUAAACAGGAAGAUUAUCAAAGGAAAUGUUUCAAGACGUGCUGCACAUCAAAUACCAGAUGAAAUCCUGAAUAAUGUCAAGCUACAAGAAGCUGUCAAGCAGCUGCCGAAUAACUACAAUUUUGAGAUAUUCAAAACAGUGUGGAGAAUAAGGACAACAAAAGCCAAGAGAGUGGCUCUCCAGUUCCCUGAGGGAUUGUUACUGUUUGCUUGUACAAUUGCUGACAUCAUUGAGGAGUUUACAGAGGCAGACACCCUUAUUAUGGGUGAUGUGACUUAUGGAGCAUGCUGUGUUGAUGAUUUCACUGCUAGGGCCUUGGGAGCAGAUCUUAUGAUUCACUAUGGACACAGUUGUCUAGUUCCGAUAGACAAGACUGAAGGAAUACAGAUGCUAUACGUGUUUGUCGACAUCAAGAUUGACACAGCUCACUUCCUGGAAACAAUACAUCACAACUUUUCACCUGGUUCCCAUCUGGCCUUUGUCAGCACCAUUCAGUUUGUGGCAGCUUUACAGUCUGCAGGUAACGAGUUAAAAACUGACUUCCAAGUCACGAUUCCACAGUCCAAACCUUUGUCUCCCGGGGAAAUUCUGGGAUGUACCUCUCCCAAACUACCACCAGAUGUCACUGCUCUCAUUUACCUAGGAGAUGGAAGGUUCCAUCUUGAAAGUGUCAUGAUCAGUAAUCCUAGUGUUCCAGCCUACAGGUAUGAUCCCUACAGUAAGAUAUUCUCCCGAGAGUACUAUGAAACAGAGAAAAUGCAUGCAGUGAGAAAGCAGGUGAUAUCUCGUGCAGCUCAGGGUGGAAAAUUUGGUGUCAUACUAGGCACACUGGGUCGUCAGGGAUCACCAAAAAUUUUACAGUCAAUUCUACAGAAGCUGAAGGAUAAGGGGAAGGAGAAUGUUUUAGUAUUACUGUCAGAAAUAUUUCCACAGAAGCUGCAGCUUUUUAAAGGAGUUGAUGCUUGGGUACAGGUGGCAUGUCCUAGAUUGUCCAUUGAUUGGGGACUAGCCUUUAAAGAGCCUCUACUUACACCUUAUGAGUUGUCAGUUGCUUUGGAUUCCAUAAAAUGGCAGACAACUUAUCCCAUGGACUUCUAUGCAAAUGACAGUCUAGGACCAUGGACUGUCAACAACGAACUGCAUCGCCCUAUCAGACAGAAACCCCGACCCACAAAACAAACUGUCUCCAUGGUUACAGAAAAUGUGUCAAGGGAAAAUCAAGAAAAGACAAAUAUUGAUUCUGUUACAAAAGAGGGGCAGAUAACUUCAGGUUGUUUGUCUAAGCAAGAACAGAUAACUCCUGCUACUGGUGUGUGUUCAGAACUAAGCAGUAAUGUGGCUGUGAGAGAAAACAGUCACUGUAGUGAUAAUAUUGGCUCAUGUUGUAGACAAGGUCAAAGUUCACAAUUGGACAGUAAAGUGUGUAGUGAUCCAGGAACAUAAGUAUUGAACAUUUUAAGUUUAAUGAAUUAUUCAAAACAUU